AAACAUUUGUAGAAUUUCCCAGGAUCAGCUUAUUUAUAUAAUGUCAUGACCUAGUCAUUUGUUAUUAUUACUCAACAUGGCUCCCUUCCUGCUUUUCGCUGUGUCUCUGACGAUCCUACAGCUUGGCAAUGCCUUGCCACUUAUGAAAGAACUAUCAGAAUGCGAUAACCCAGCCGAUAUUGUUUUCCUCCUAGACUGCUCUACUAGCAUGUAUCCUGCUCAAUUCAAGCAACAAUUAGCUUUUGUGAAUAAUUUUACUGAAGGUAUGGAUAUCGACAAUGGAACCAUUAGAAUAGCAGUGGUCACCUUCAGUACCACUGUCCAGACAGAAUUCAAUUUGAAUGCAUAUAAAACUAAAGCAGAAAUGCAAAAGGCUAUUUCAGAUAUUUUAUAUCUUGGUGGCAGGACUCACACUUGGUUAGCAUUGGAUCAUAUCCGUCAAGAAAUAUUCACUACAGACAAUGGAGGACGAAUUGGUGUGCCCAAAAUUGUUAUUAUGAUUACUGAUGGUGGAUCUAAUGAAAAGAAGAAAACUAUAGAAGCAGCCAAAAUCCUACAUAAAGACCCUCUUCGAGUUUUCACUAUUGGCAUAGGACCAAGUGUUGAUACGGAUGAGUUGAAAGCUAUAGCAUCGAAACCAACUAAUAUAUUCCACAUCGAUAAUUUUGAUGCCCUUAAAGCUUUAACAUCUGAAAUCAUUAAAAACGUUUGUAUCAAAGUGUGUGGAGUGCAUCCAUCUGAUAUUAUCUUUCUGUUAGACGAGUCAACCAGUAUUUAUGAUGAUGAUUUUGGAAUACAGCUAAGUUUCUUGAUUUCGUUCAUAAGAGACAGUGUAAUUGGCAUUAAUGCCACACAAAUCGGAGUGGUUACAUUCAGUAGCAAUGUUAUAUAUCGGAUAAAACUGAACCAGUUUUCGAAAUCGAAGGAUCUGGAGAAUGCUGUUCUUAGUAUUAACCGGAACCAUGGCGACACAAACACUGGAGAUGCCCUGAAGCUUAUUCGCGAGGAAGGCUUUACCAAAGCAAAUGGCGGUCGUGAUGGUGUGCCACAUAUUCUCAUUGUCAUUACAGAUGGACAAGCACAGAGUCCAGAGAAGACGGCCCGUGAGUCUGCAGCUAUCCAUAAAACAGAUAUUGCGAUCUUUACUAUUGGAAUCGGGCCGGCGGUGAAACCUUCAGAGCUACGAAUGAUUGCAGGUGCAGAUGAUAAAGUGUUCAGAACUGCAAGUUAUUCUACUUUAAAGACCAUAGAAAAAGCUCUUUUUACAAAAGUUUGUCGCGUUGAGGUCAUUAAAAAUGAUUAACAAAUCUUUUGAAUGUAUCACAAUAAAUAGCAAUUAAAAUCGUA